AUGGAUUUGCCUCAAUCUGUUUCUAUCUAUCUAUCUAUCUAUCUAUCUAUCUAUCUAUCUAUCUAUCUAUCUAUCUAUCAAGCUUACUGGCUAGCUAUCUACCCUAUUGUCUCUCUCCUUGCCUUCUUCACUUUCUCUUUCUCUUUCUUUCACUCGUUCGAAAACCGUCAAAGAGACAUCCAUUUUUCUUUGUUCCUUUCUUCCUUCCUUCCGUCGUUCCUUUUUGCCUUUCUUUCCGCCUACCUCCCACCCAUCCUUCCUUCCUUCCUAUCUGUAAUCCUUCCUUCCUUCCUUCCUUCCUUCCUUCCUUCCUUCCUUCCUUCCUUCCUUCCUUCCUUCAUUCCUCACUGUAUUCUUUCUUUCCUUCCUUCCUUCCUUUCUGUAAUCUUUCCUUCCUUCCUUCCUUCCUUCCUUCCUUCCUUCCUUCCUUCCUUCCUUCCUUCAACAACGGCGUUCUUCAAGUGUUUGGAAUAUCUAUCUAUCUAUCUAUCUAUCUAUCUAUCUAUCUAUCUAUCUAUCUAUCUAUCCCUGAUUGAUUUUGAAGCUGCGCGGCGUUUUGGCAAAGCGGGUCGUGAACUAACUGCCACGUGUCUCUCUCGCAAACCACAAUUCGAGCUCUCUGGUUCCUUCUUCCCCGUCUCUCGUCUCAAUCGUCUUCGGUCAUCGUUUGCACUAAUUUUCUUCGUUUCAUCUAUCUAUCUAUCUAUCUAUCUAUCUAUCUAUCAUUCGCAAACUGUUAAUAUCUAUCUAUCUAUCUAUCUAUCUAUCUAUCAUUCGCAAACUGUUAAUAUCUAUCUAUCUAUCUAUCUAUCUAUCUAUCUAUCAUUCGCAAACUGUUAA